AAAAGCUUAAAAAGCCAGCUGUGAUAAAAAAGUUGAGCCACAGUCACAUUCACAGCAAUCAUAGGGAGAUAGUAGCAGAGGAACUGACACAAGAAGCAAAGCUAGAGAUGAAGUAAAUAACCAAAAAUUUCUCUUCGUAGUUGUUCAAAUUCCAACUAUCUUUCACCUGGAAGCUACCAGAAUUCUGCUACUGCAUCUGCUCCAACUAAACAAAAGAGUCGAGACCAGUGCUAAUUUGGUGGAUCUUCUUCCACCCACUACCUGUCUUCUCCGUAUCUUGCUCCACCUUUGGCUAAAAAGGCUAGCUACUUUGAUUUCCUUCUCUUGAAUCAUGGGUAAUUGCUGCUCCGUACAAUGUAGUUUCGAGAAUUUCCUUCUUCGUGGCUGGGAUUUCAUUGUUGGUCAUGCUAAUUAUGUCUGCAAGCUUAAACAAACUCUUCCUACUUUAUCUGCUGCUCUUCAAGAACUGAGGGCGCAAAGAGAUGACGUACUACGGAAGGUUGAUGUGGCUGAACAACGACUAUUGAAGCGACUUGAGCGAGUUCAGCUAUGGCUUUCAAAAGCGGAAACUAUGAUAAUAGAGGCUGAAAGAUUGGUUGAAGAUGGCCCUCAACAAAUGAAUAACUUGUAUUUCGGCGGCUGUGCUUCCAAGAGUUGCCCGUCUAGCUACAAGUUUGGUAAAAAAGUGGCCAAAAUGCUUCUAGAAAUAAAUGAUCACAUGAGUAAGGGAGCUUUUGAGAAAGUUGCGGAGGAUCAGCCCGCAGCUUCAGUGGUAGUAAGACCUGUAGAGCAGACGGUUGCUCUAGAAUCCACUAUCCAAAAGGUAUGGAGUUGCAUCGUAGAAAAAGAUGUGGGGAUCAUUGGCCUCUAUGGCUUGGGAGGCGUUGGCAAGACGACACUCUUGACCAAACUCAACAACAAGUUCAGCACCACACCAAAUUAUUUUGAAGUUGUUAUCUGGGCUUUGGUAUCUAAAGAUUACGAUGUUGAAAAGAUUCAAGAUAGGAUUGGCGAAUAUGUUGGUUUUUCGGAUGGAUCCUGGAAGAAUAAAAGUGCUGACCUGAAAGCCAUAGAUAUCUACGGGAUCUUGAGUAACAAGAGGUUUGUUGUAUUAUUGGAUGAUUUAUGGCAGAGGGUGGAUUUGAACCAAGUUGGGAUACCAAAACCAAGCCAAGAAAAUGGUUCCAAACUUAUUUUUACUACUCGAUCUUUGGAGAUAUGUGGCGAAAUGGGAGCUCGAAGGAAAAUCAAAGUGGAGUGCCUAGAACCGGAGAAGGCUUGGGAAUUGUUCCAAGACAAGGUUGGAGAUGAAACUCUCAACAGCCAUCCAGAUAUUCCAAACCUAGCUAAACAAGUAGCUGAAAGGUGCGGUGGGUUGCCUCUUGCACUAAUUACAAUCGGUCGUGCCAUGGCUUGCAAGACAACACUUGAGGAAUGGAAUUAUGCAAUUGAGAUGUUGAAGCGAUGUGCAUUGCCAAAAAUGAAAAAUGAGGUAUAUCCGCUUUUAAAAUUCAGUUAUGAUAAUUUGCCUAAUUCUACAAUGAAAUGUUGCUUCCUGUAUUGUUGUCUUUAUCCUGAAGAUUACUGUAUUCCCAAAAAGAGAUUAGUGGAGUAUUGGUUUUGUGAAGGGCUAUUGGAUAAAUUUGAUAGAAUUAAUGAAGCUCAAAUGCAAGGUGGCGACAUUAUCAGCUCUCUUCUGAAUGCUUGUUUAUUGGAAAGGGACGGAGAAGAUUGUGUGAAGAUGCAUGAUGUGAUCCGUGACAUGGCUUUAUGGAUUACACGCAAGUUCGAAGCAACAGAGAAUAAAUUUUUUGUAAAAGCAGGAGCUCAAUUAUUUGAAGAACCAGAUGUCAAGGCAUGGAAAAGAGUAAAAAGAAUGUCAGUGAUGAAAAAUGAGAUUCAACUGCUCAAAGAAACACCCAAAUGCCCUAACCUUCGAACCUUGUUUCUUAGCAAUAAUAAUUUGAAAGUGAUCAGUGAUGGUUUCUUCCAAUUUAUACCUCAUCUAACUGUUUUGGAUUUGUCAGAAAACUGUUAUUUACGAGUGUUGCCUAAGGGAAUUUCACAGUUGGUUUCACUUGAAUGUAUUGAUCUAUCUUGGACUGGUAUAUCAGAGUUGCCAAUGGAGUUGAGAUCGUUGACAAAACUAAAAAUGUUGGACUUGAGUUAUAUGUCUGAUCUCGAAAAUAUCCCACAAUAUCUGGUAUCUAGUUUUUCCAAGUUGCAGAUAUUCAGAUUGUGGUUUAAAAGGUUGUUGCUGCAAAAUAAAGAUUAUCCUAAUGAAGACAAUGUUUUGAAUGAGGGUCAUGAAAAGCUUAUAGAGGAGUUGAAAGGUUUGCAACGUUUGAAUAUACUAAGUACACCCAUAAAAAGCAUGUUCUGUCUAGAAAGAUUCCUGAGCUUUGACUUGUUUGGACGUAGGACCCAAGCACUACAACUUAUUGAUUUUAGAGAACCAGAAAUGUUUGAUGUUUUAUGCUUAGAAAAUUUGGAGCAUCUAGAGGCACUACAAUUCCUUGAUUGUGGAAUUAUGGAGAUAAAAAUGGAAAAGUUGUCUACAUGGGUGUCUUCAAGUAAUUGUACUUCAUGCUUUCACGCAUUGAGCACAGUUCAAAUUUUUCACUGUAAGAAAUUGAGAGACAUGACCUGGCUGAUUCUUGCUCCAAAUCUAAGGAAUCUCGAUAUAACAGGGUGUUAUGAAAUGGAAGAAAUAUUGAGUGAGGAAAAACUUGGUGAAGUUGCAGGUGUGAUUGGAGUUUCAUACCCUAAAUCAUUUCUGAAGCUUGAAACACUUGACUUACGUCAUCUACCAAAAUUGAAAAGCAUAUAUUGGGAUGCCCUACCCUUCCCAUGUCUGAAACACAUUCUUAUAAAGUAUUGCAAAGAACUGAAGAAGCUUCCUCUCAACUUAGACAGUGCAAAAGGGAAUCUGCUCAGCAUUAAGGGAAGCAAAGAUUGGUGGGCAAGAGUAGAAUGGGAAAAUGAAGUCACUCGGGAUGCUUUUCUCCCUUCUUUCAAGCUUUUAAUCAUGGGCAAUUGCUGCUCCGUACAAUGUAGUUUCGAGAAUUUCCUUCUUCGUGGCUGGGAUUUCAUUGUUGGUCAUGCUAAUUAUGUCUGCAAGCUUAAACAAACUCUUCCAACUUUAUCUUCUGCUCUUCAAGAACUGAGGGCACAAAGAAAUGACGUGCGAAGGCAGGUUGAUCUUGCAGAACAACGACUAUUGAAGCCAUUUGAGCAAGUUCAGCUAUGGCUUUCAAAAGCAGAAACUAUGAUAACAGAGGCGGAGGAAUUGGUUUCAAAUGGUCCUCAACAAAUGAAUAACUUGUGUCUCGGUGGCUGCAUUUCCAACUACAAAUUUGGUAAAAAAGUAGCGGAAAUGCUUCAAGAAAUAAGUUAUCAUAAGAGUAAAGGAGCUUUUGAGAAAGUAGUGGAGAAUCAGCCCGCAGCUUCAGUGGUAGUAAGACCUGUGGAGCAGCCGGUUGCUCUAGAAUCCACUAUCCAAAAGGUAUGGAGUUGCAUCGUUGAAACAGAUGUGGGGAUCAUCGGCCUCUAUGGCUUGGGGGGCGUUGGCAAGACAACACUCUUGACCAAGCUCAACAACAAGUUCAGCACCACACCGAAUGGUUUCGAUGUUGUUAUCUAGGCACUGGUGUCUAAAGAUUACGAUGUUGGAAAGAUUCAAGAUAGGAUUGGUAGAAAUCUUGGGUUUUCAUAUGACUCCUGGAAGAAUAAAAGUGUUGACCAGAAAGUUACUGAUAUCUAUGGUGUCUUGCGCAACAAGAGAUUUGUUGUAUUAUUGGAUGAUUUAUGGCAGAGGGUGGAUUUGAACCAAGUUGGGAUACCAAAACCAAGCCAAGAAAAUGGUUCCAAACUUAUUUUUACUACUCGAUCUUUGGAGAUAUGUGGCGAAAUGGGAGCUCGAAGGAAAAUCAAAGUGGAGUGCCUAGAACCGGAGAAGGCUUGGGAAUUGUUCCAAGACAAGGUUGGAGAUGAAACUCUCAACAGCCAUCCAGAUAUUCCAAACCUAGCUAAACAAGUAGCUGAAAGGUGCGAUGGGCUGCCUCUUGCACUAAUUACAAUCGGUCAUGCCAUGGCUUGCAAGACAACACUUGGGGAAUGGAAAUAUGCAAUUGAGAUGUUGAAGCGAUGUGCAUUGCCAAAAAUGGAAAAUGAGGUAUUUCUGCUUUUAAAAUUCAGUUAUGAUAAUUUGCCUAAUGCUACAAUAAAAUGUUGUCUCUUAUAUUGUUGUCUGUAUCCCGAAGAUUAUUGUAUUCCCAAAAAGAGAUUAGUGGAGUAUUGGUUUUGUGAAGGGCUAUUGAAUGGAUUUGAUAGAAUUAGUGAAGCUCAAAUGCAAGGAGACCACAUAAUCUACUCUCUUAUUAGUGCUUGUUUAUUGGAAAAUGUUGGUGAAAUAGAUGGAGAAGAUUGUGUGAAGAUGCAUGAUGUGAUCCGUGACAUGGCUUUAUGGAUUACACGUGAGUUUGAAGCAACAGAGAACAAUUUUUUUGGAAAAAUAGGGGCUCAAGUAUUUGAAGAACCAAAUGUUACGGCAUGGGAAAAUGUAAAAAGAAUGUCAGUGAUGGAAAAUAAGAUUGAAGUUCUCAAAGAAACACCCAAAUGCCCUAACCUUCGAACCUUGUUUCUUAGCCAAAAUGAGUUGCAAGUGAUCAGCGAUGGUUUCUUCCAAUUUAUACCUCUUCUAACUGUUUUGGAUUUGUCAGGAAACCUUCGAUUACGAGCUCUACCUGUGGGAAUUUCACAAUUGGUUUGUCUAGAAUGUUUUGAUCUGUCUUAUACUGGUAUAGAAGAGUUGCCAACAGAGUUGAAAUCGUUGACAAAACUAAAAAUGUUGGACUUGAGUUAUAUGCACAAUCUCAAAAAAAUCCCACAACAUUUGAUAUCUAAUUUUUCCAAGUUGCAAAUAUUCAGAAUGUGGUCGGUGCAAAAUAGAGAUUAUCCUAAUGAAGACAAUGUUUUGUAUGGGGGUAAUGAAAAGCUUAUGCAGGAGUUGAAAGAUAUGGAGAUGAAAAUGGAAAAGCUGCUAAUUAAUGCUUCAUGCUAUCACACAUUGAGCACGGUUGAAAUUUAUGAGUGUGUCAAAUUGAAAGAUAGGAGCUGGCUGAUUCUUGCUCCAAAUUUAAGAAAUCUCAAGAUAUAUUUGUGUGAUAAAAUGGAAGAAAUAUUGAAUGAGGGAAAGCUUGGUGAAGUUGCAGGUGUGAUUGGAAUUCCAUACGCUAAAUCAUUUCUGAAGCUUGAAACACUAUACUUAUUUUGGCUACCGAAGUUGAAGAACAUGUACUGGGAUGCCCUACCCUUUCCAUGUCUAAAACUUAUUCGUAUAAAUGCCUGCCGAGAACUGAAGAAAUUUUCUCUCAACUCAGAUAGUGCGAAAGGGAAUCAACUCAGCAUUGAGGGAAGCAAAGAUUGGUGGGCAACAGUAGAAUGGGAAAAUGAAGCCACUCGAGAUGCUUUUCUCCCUUCUUUCAAGUCUGUUCCUACAUGA